CUAUCAAACGCUAUAUAUAUUUGUCAUAGAAAGUAGGAGGUAAACAAAACUAUCCAUGAGAAGUCAAGAGCCACGAUCAGGUUCCUCUUGUGCAGCUUGCAAGCUCAUGAAAAGGAGGUGCACCUCCGACUGCCUCCUGGCACCUUAUUUUCAAGCCGACGAACCCAAAAGGUUCGCCAAGGUCCACAAGGUCUUCGGUGCAAGCAAUGUCACCAAGAUCCUAAACGAGGUCCCGAAAUCACAAAGACAAGAUGCGGUUGAUUCCUUGGUGUUUGAGGCCGAGGAGCGGCUCAAAGACCCCGUAUAUGGGUGCAUUGGCGCAAUAACGUCUUUGCAAGAUAAGAUGUUCCAACUACAACAUGACCUGGCCGUGGCUAAAGCCCGACUAGCUCGAUGCUCCACCAGAACAUCUUAUGCUUCUUGUUCCGCUACUUCACCAUUGUUGAUGCUGGAUGGUGAAUUUGGUAUGUCGUCUUUUGAUGACUUUGUGGUGGAUCAGGGUGGAUUGACCACUGAGUUUUAUCAACACCCUUUUCCGUGACACUCGAUCAUAUCUCAUGUUUCAUUCCAACCAUCAGGGCAAAUUACUUUGUAUAUAAAAACCAGAGCCUUACGUUCUCCCUACCUCUUCUAUCAUUGUUAUAUUAGGGAUUUAAGACAUGAACUCAUAGAAUUUCGUUGUGAGAUUAUAUGUUAUGAGUUUCAUUGUUGCAUAAAAUUAGAUUUUUAUGUGGAUUUAAAGCAAUUAAAAUGUGACUUGAUGGGCUUUGUUAUAAUUAUUGUUG